AUGAAACUCAUCACCGCCACCACAACGAGCCUCAUCACCACAACCGCCAAUCACCUCCACUUCCUAACCCGCACCACCGCCACCUUCACCAACCCUGAAGGCGCCAGCGACGGCCCACCCCGCUCCGACGCCACCAUGUCUCCCGCCGCCAAAGCGCACCGCCUCUCCAUGCUGACCCUAGGCUGGACGCUCGCCAUCGUCGGCACCGUCAUCUUCAUCGGCGUCACCAUCUUCUGCGUCGUCGGCAAGCGGCGCUGCGGCCUGCGCCCGCGCGAGCGCGACUUCGCCGCCUUCGACGCCCCCAUUGGUGGGAAUGGAAGUUCGAUCCCCCGCGCCGAGGAAUUUGAUACCCGGACUGACGCGGAGAUUCGGGAUGAGAGGAGAUGGAGGGAGAGGGAGGAACGGGAGUUUGGCAGGGGGAUGGUGGCGGCGGCGGCGGAUGGUGUGGAGAUGAAGAGGAUGGAGGCGAAGUAA